UGUGAUUACCACCUCUGAUUAAACACUGGUCAAGAAAUAUCACCAAUUGUUAUUACAGAAAUUUUAUAUUUAUAUUCAUAAAAAGUUGUUUUUUCCAUGAAUGUUAUCUGAUCCGGGAUUCCGUGAACUUAUCUCUUUACCAUUAUCUCCAGCUAUAUUACAUGGACUGACACGUGCUGGAUUUAAUUGUGUUUCAGAAGUUGUUGGAUUGAGUGUAGAUCGUUUAGCUACUAUAUGUGGAGUAAACACUAAAGCUGCCCGUAGUGCAUUGGACAUUGUUCAUCGUUAUAAUCAAUCAUCUAUUGAAUGUAUGGAUAUGAACAGUAUUGGUCUAUUCGGUUUAUGCACAGCAUGGGACUUACUUGGUACAUUACAAACAGUUGAUGAGAAUAGUCCAGUUAAAGGAAAGCGAUAUAAUUAUAUCGUAAGUAUGUGUCGAAGUUUCGAUGACCUUCUUGGCGGAGGUUUCCCAACUGGACGAUUAACUGAGUUGUGCGGUGAACCAGGCGUUGGAAAAACCCAGUUCUGUCUUCAAGCUUGUGUUAAUGUACAAAUUCCCAAAUGGUUCAGUGGUCUCAAUGGGCAAGCUUUGUUUCUAGAUACUGAAGGAAACUUCAUACCUGAACGUGUUCGGCAAAUAGCUUCUGCAUUGGCAGAUCAUUGUAAACAUCAUUAUAUUGAAUCAAAUCCGGAAAAAACAGAUGAAUCUUUCAUUAAACAAUAUUGUCCAACUGUUGAAAGUCUAAUGUCUGGAAUCCACUACAUACGAAUAACUGAUCAUUUGAAGUUAUUAGCUGUUUGUCGACAUUUAGAACAAUUUUGUGACCAACAUCCUUUGAUUCGACUGAUUGUGGUUGACAGUAUCGCUCUCCCAUUUCGUUACGAUUUUGACGAUAUUCCUCAACGUAAUAGAUUAUUGGCAAGUGUAACACAAAUGUUACUCUGCGUCGCUGGGCGUCAACAAGCUGCGGUUAUUCUUACAAAUCAAAUUACAACUAAAUUCGAUGCGAAAAAUUUGAAUUCAGAACAAUUCGAUUGUGUUAUGGAAGAAGAGAAAGUUGUAAAAGAACAAUGCAGAAACGAUCAAAAUUCAUAUCUAGUACCGGCACUUGGAGAUAGUUGGGGGCAUAUUUGUUCUCUUCGUGUUUUCUUGACACGUUUAACUACAGGUGUUCGUCAAGUAAAACUGCUGAAACAUCCUGGAAGACCAUAUGGUGUUGGAUAUUAUCAAAUUACAACUGGUGGUAUUCGUGAUCUUGUUCAAAACAAUAAAUGUAAUAAACACUUGCCAGAGUAAUCAGUUUUGUUUUAAAGAAUACAAAUAGCUAAAAAACAAUAGACUAUUUCAUUUUUGCUUCCCAAAUCACACACUGUUGACAACAAAGACAUUUAUUUGAGAAAAAGGUAUAAAAUAUUUUCUAUUUCUACUCUCG